AGGAGAAUCGUUGAUAGUCUGGGGAUCGUCUUCACACUUGUGCUUUUACUCUUUAGUUGUUGACCUGCGCUUCAACCGGAUACUUCCAGAGGUUUUCUAAGAGUUGCCAUGGAGGCUUUACUGGACAUCAGCAGACGGGAAACAUGCAGGUUGGCCCUGCUGCUCCACCUCUUUGUCUUUAGUGCUGCAGCUCAAUGCCUGAGACCUGAAGUUGGAGAGAAUUGGAUUCUCACAGAAGAAACCCUCCUAAAAAAUGAUUUCCCAGAGGGUUCUGAGGCAACUUUAGAAUGUGACAAUGGAUAUGAAAAAAAAAAUGGCUCUGUGACCAUAAACUGCAUUAAUGGCAAAUGGAGCGAAUCCGACAUCGUCUGCAAGAAGAAGGACUGUGGCCCCCCUCCUCCAGAGCCGCACAUGACUUUUGAUGACAGUGAGGGUACUCUGUUUGGUUCAAAAGUUAGAACCUUGUGUGAAGAAGGGUACCGUAUUUCUGGAUCUAGCUUUAGACAUUGCUAUGCUUCUGGAUGGUUUGGAAGGGGAUCAUGUAACAUUGUUACUUGUCCCAUACCAACCGAAGUGGAAAAUGGAACAAUUUCUUGGGAAUCUGACAAAAAACCAGAAUAUGGUCAAAUUAUAAACUUCACUUGUAACCCAGGAUACAGGUUAAAUGGGAGUGAACGCAUUAUGUGCUCCAAAACCGGGAAAUAUGAUCCCUUGCCUCCAACAUGCAUUGGUGUGACCACAGAAGACAGUAUUACAACAAAAAUUAUUACAUCUUCUGCUGCAACAACAAAACAAGUUUCGACCUCGACUCCAAGACCCAAACCCGUCACAACUUUGGCAUCAAUGCGUAGCUCCACACAGAAACAAGAUAACAGAUCAUCGCUACCCAAGAGAACAGCUGGUACAACCAUUUUACCGUAUUCUACAUCCUCUGUUUAUAAAGACCAGAAUCUUCAGACUAUAAAUGUAAAUAAGAGCAACAGACAUUUACCUGUUAUAGUCAGUGUGAUCCUUGUCACGAUAGUUGGCCUCAUAUUUAUAUUCAUGUUGAACAAGUGCCUUGAUAAAAGAAAAGGCUCAUAUGACACUGGAGAAGACCUGAAGCCGGAAUUAUUACACUUCCAAACACUUUAAGUGUCCCUCUUCAUUCAGCUUGGUUGGAACUGGACCGAACAGAUACGGAUAAAGAUGAAAGACUGCCAAAGCAUUACCAAGCAAUGAACCAACAAGAGGCUCACUUUUAUACCUUUCAUUUUUGCACUUCUAUUCAAAGAAGGCCAAGCUUGAUGAUUAUUUUAGAAUCCUGUUAAAUCACUUUUUUGAUAAUUAUUAGUUUUGUAUAUACUAUUUAUGCUGUAAACGUUUUUUUCUACUAGAGCUAUAAAUUAUUUUAAAACUAUUCAGUUCAAGAGUCUUGAGAAUUCUUCUGCUGGUGGGUUUCCAUGUUUUCUUCUUUCUUCAGGACAGAGACAUAAUACAAGUUAUUCAGGAAGGACACAACGACUUUAAUUCAGUUUACAGACUGCUUAGGAGGCUGGUAAAGAUACUAUCUGUUACUCCGCCCCUGACUUGACUUUCUUUUCAUGAUUGUUUAUUAUUUCAGGUUUUCCUGAUUUACCCAGGAAAUCAAC